AUGCCCAAGAUAACAAUAAAUGGCGUUACAGUGGAUUUUCCUUUCCAACCAUACAAAUGUCAAGAAGAUUAUAUGACUAAAGUCCUGGAGUGCCUACAGAAGAAGGUAAAUGGCAUUCUUGAGAGCCCCACAGGAACAGGAAAGACUCUGUGCCUACUUUGUGCCACUUUGGCUUGGAGGGAGCACUUUAAAGACACAAUUUCUGCCCGAAAGAUUGCUGAGAGGAUGCAAGGGGUGGAGCUCUUUCCUGAUAGACCAAUGUCAUCAUGGGGGAAUGCUGCCACAGAUGGAGAUACCACAGCUUACUAUACUGAUAUUCCAAAGAUCAUUUAUGCCUCUCGAACCCAUUCUCAACUCACUCAGGUCAUUAGUGAGUUAAGGAACACUUCUUACAGGCCAAAGGUGUGUGUACUGGGCUCUAGGGAACAGCUGUGCAUCAACCCUGAAGUAAGAAAGAUAGAAAGUAACCACAUACAGAUCCAUGUGUGUCGAAAGAAGGUAUCAACUCACUCUUGUCAUUUCUACAACAAUGUGGAAGAGAAGAGCACAGAGAAGGAGUUGGUCACUUCUAUCUUGGAUAUUGAAGAUUUGGUUAAAAGUGGAAACAAGCACAGAGUCUGCCCUUACUAUUUAUCUCGGACACUAAAGCAGCAAGCAGACAUCAUUUUUAUGCCAUACAAUUAUCUGUUGGACUCCAAGACACGAAGGGCCCACAACAUUGACCUGAAAGGGACAGUGGUGAUCUUUGAUGAAGCUCACAAUGUGGAAAAGGUAUGCGAAGAAUCAGCUUCAUUUGACCUGACUCCCUUUGACUUGGCAUCUGGCUUGGAUGCUAUAAAUCAGGUGUUAGAAGAACAGACAAAAUUGCUACAGCAAAAUGAGAUUCAUGCACAGUUCAACAUGGAACUUGACAAUUCAGGUCUGAAUAUGGAGCUUGAAGAUAUAGCUAAGGUAAAAAUAAUUCUUCUUAAGCUGGAAAGUGUAAUUGAUGCCAUUGAGCUUCCAGGAAAUAACACUGGCAUGACUAAACCUGGAAGCUAUAUCUUUGAUCUGUUUGCUGAAGCCCACAUCACCUUUCAGACCAAGUCUUCCCUCCUGGAGUCAUUGGAGCAGAUCAUACAGUUCAUGGCAGGACGUACUGGGAUUUUUAACAACACAGCAGGCUUACAAAAGCUGGUAGACAUCAUUCAGAUUGUUUUCAGUAUUGAACCCCCAGAAGGUGCAGCCAACCUAAUGCAGGGGCAUACAGUUUCAAAAUAUUAUAAAGUCCACAUUCACUUGGAUAGCAGUAAUAGAAAAAAGAGCCAGAGGACUGAUGCUUGGAGUGCUCCUGUGGCCAACAAGCAAGGAAAAAUACUGAGCUACUGGUGUUUCAGUCCAGGAUUUAGCAUGCAUGAGUUAAUUCAACAAGGUGUGCGUACCAUCAUCCUCACCAGUGGAACUCUAGCUCCACUUUCCUCCUUCUCCAUGGAGAUGCAAAUCCCUUUCCAUGUUUGUUUAGAGAAUCCUCACGUUAUUGAUCAACAUCAGAUCUGGGUGGGGAUUGUUCCAAAAGGCCCUGAUGGAGUAUUACUGAGUUCUGCAUACGAUAAAAGGUUUUCUGAUGAAUGCUUGUCUUCUUUAGGAAAAACUAUAGGGAAUAUUGCCCGAGUUGUGCCUCAUGGACUCUUGGUAUUCUUCCCAUCAUACCCUGUCAUGGAAAAAAGUCUUGAGUACUGGCGAGACCAUGACUUUGCCAGAAAGAUAGAAGAGUUAAAGGCAAUUUUUGUGGAGCCAAGAAGUAAAGGAGGCUUUACCGAGGUUAUUGAUGCAUAUUAUGAGAAAAUCGUCUGUCCUAAAUCAAAUGGAGCUACUUUUAUGGCUGUGUGCCGGGGAAAGGCUAGCGAGGGCUUAGACUUUGCAGAUAUGAAUGGCCGUGGAGUCAUCAUCACUGGUCUCCCGUUUCCUCCACGAAUGGAUCCCAGAGUCAUUUUGAAGAUGCAGUUCCUUGAUGAGAUGAGAGGAAAGAGUGGAGCAGGAGGCCAGUACUUAUCUGGGCACGAGUGGUACCGCCAGCAAGCUUCCCGGGCAGUUAAUCAAGCCAUCGGCAGAGUCAUCCGACAUCGCCAGGACUUUGGGGCCAUUUUCCUCUGUGAUCACAGAUUCACUAACAAUGAUGCCAGAGCCCAGCUACCCUCCUGGGUGCGUCCUUACGUCAAGGUCUAUGACAACUUCGGCCAUAUUAUCCGUGAUGCAGCCCAGUUUUUCCGAGUUGCCCAGAAAAUUAUGCCUGUCCCUGUCCCUCGGGUUCUGCAGAACCCCUGUGAUGGAGAAGGUGUUGCUGCAGCCUCCACUUCAUCAUAUAGCCUUUUCCUCCCAUCUAAGAAAGCCAAGAGCUUGGAUGUACAUGUUCCUAGCCUAAAAAGGAAGUGUUUGGGCUCGCUGGAUGGUGGAGACAGUGAAGCCAGCCUGUGGGGAGAAUAUGAACAGGAACUAGCUUCCCCACAGAGGAGGCCUAGGGGUCUGCUGGCUGCAUUGGAUCGUAGUGAGAACAAAAGUGAAAUCGAUGAGACCAACAUGAUUCCAGGAGAAGAAAAGGCUCAAAGGCUCUCUACUCUAUCUUUACAGUAUGAGAAGAGAUUAACAGAUGAACAAAAAGGAGGAAAGAAGAAAAUUAGAAUUGUCAGCAGCCAGGAUAAGAAAGAAUCUAUCCCCAUGGAGCAGGCAAGCAAAGCCAAACUAUUUAUGUUAUCAGUAAAGCAGUCCCUGAGUCAGGCCAACUUUGACCUCUUCACCAGAACCCUGCAGCUCUAUAAGGGGACUGAUGACUUCAACACCAUGAUGGCUCACCUUGGCACACUCUUUGCAGAGGACCCAAAGAGGCACAGUUUGCUCCGAGGAUUUUACCAGUUUGUCCGACCACACCACAAGAAACAGUUUGAAGAAGCUUGCCUCCAGCUGACAGGGCAGAGCUGUGGCUACAAGCCUGAGCACAGCCUGCCUCGUGAGAAACGGGAGCAACUAGCCCAGGAUCCAGAUGGGAAAAAACAGAAUAAUACAAAAAUGACCUGUUCAGAGGAUGCGGCCCAACAACUGAACUCAGACAUUCACCUGAACCAGGGCAGAACCCACCUGGUAUCUGAGAUGACCAUCCAAGGUGAAAGCCACCCAAGUGUCUCGAGCAGCACAAGCAAAGAGGAGCCAGAAGCCCCCGGGGAGAAGAAGGAACAUGCUGCUAUCACAGCCUAUCUUGCAGAUGUCAAGAAAUCUCUUGGUCCAAGCUGUUAUAGCCAGUUCUCCACAGCCCUGUCUGCUUAUAAGAAAAAUGACAAUUAUGAAGCGAUGGUGUCUGUGAUUGCCGCCCUCACCACUGAGAAACCCGAGGACUUGCAUCUUCUCCAAAGGUUCUCCAUGUUUAUUCGUCCUCAUCAUAAAAAGCAAUUUCUCCAGAUGUGUAAGGACUUGACAGGAUCCUGCCCUAGAGAGAAACAUGGGGAAUCUCUCCAGAAGAACCACCCAGAACCCUCCAGCCUUGGCCCCCAAAACGAGGAAGAAACUAAAGUGCAAGAGCUCAUGGCAAAAUCCAAACCAGACCUCUCAGAGCCUGAGAAAUCCAGGAAAAUUCAAAGCAAAAUCUCUUCCUUUUGCUGCAAACUGAGAAAAUCACCAGAAAUGAAAUCUCCCGAAGGUUCCAGCCACCUGCCAAUGAGCUUGGAGCCUGACCCAAUCCCUGCUCUUCCUUCUAAUGUUGAGCUGGAAUGGGAAGGUUUCCAUUGUCCUGGUUGCAGUGCUGAGGAUGUGGUGCCCUUUCAGUGCCAUGCUUGUGACUUCCAUUCCUGCAAGACAUGCUGGGAAUGGCAUUUCAAGACCACUAAGAAAUGUCCAGAGUGUGGAGCCAUUGCCAAGAAGAGAUACCUCACGCAAGUCUUCUUCUGGAAGAAAACUUAG